AUGACGCGCUUCCGACCCUGCAUCGACCUGCACGCCGGCAGCGUCAAGCAAAUCGUCGGCGGCACCCUCUCCACGACCUCGGACAGCAGCCUCAAGACGAACUUCACCUCCGAGCACCCGUCCGCGUACUACGCCGCGCUGUACAAGACGCACGAGCUGCAUGGCGCGCACGUCAUCAUGCUGGGUCCCGGCAACGACGACGCUGCGAGGGAGGCGCUGGCUGCGUGGCAGGGCGGGAUGCAGGUUGGUGGAGGGGUUACGGAGAAGAAUGCUGCGGAGUGGAUUAAGGCUGGGGCAGAUAAGGCGAGUAUAUCCUGCUGCGUGAUUAUAACGUCGUACCUAUUCCCCGAAUCAAAAUUCUCGCUCGAGAGGCUGCAGGCCGUUCUCAAGGCGCUCGACGGCAACAAGGAUAAGCUCGUCAUCGAUCUGAGCUGUAGGAGGAAAGACGAUAAGUGGUUCGUGGCUACGAAUAAAUGGCAAACUAUCACGGAUUUUGAACUGAAUCAAGAGUCUAUCGCGCUGCUCGAACCGCACUGUUCGGAGUUCCUGAUCCAUGCUGCGGACGUUGAGGGGUUGCAGCGCGGUAUUGACCACGAGCUUGUUAGUGCGCUGGCGGGCUGGUGCUCGAUCCCAGUCACUUAUGCCGGUGGAGGUCGCAGCAUUGAAGAUCUCGAGCUCGUGAAGAGCUUGAGCAAUGGCAAGGUUGACCUGACCAUUGGCAGCGCUUUGGAUAUAUUCGGAGGAGCCGGCGUGAAGUUUGAAGAUUGUGUGAAGUGGAACCAGCAACAGUAA